UCAUCCCUCCUUGGGGACACCCUGUCUCUUCUAUAAGCUGUGAGACCUUCGUGUCAUUAGCAACCUUUCCUUUGCUUCCUAGCCCCUUACUUUCUUUUUCAGGAGAAGGGUAUUGGGUCUCUUUCUCUGUGGUAUCUGGAGGCUGGCCUGGGACUCAUGUUUUAAACCCACUAUGGUUGUACCCCAGAGAUCCUCUACAUGGAGCCCCCCCUUUUAAUGUGUAUUCAUGGGUUUCCCUUUCCAGGGAUUCUUCUGGGAGUCCUGCAACUUUAACCCUCAUAAAAUAUAGAUAAGAUACAUUCCUUCCAGAGUUAAUGGUCAGGAGAAUCCAUGGUUGAGGUGGUGGCCUUUGGAGAUCAAACAGAACUCAGUUGGAAUUCAGGCUUUGCUAUUCGGUAACUGUGUGAACUUAGGUAACUGUCUUAGUUAGGGUUUCCACUGCUGUGAAGAGACACUAUGACCAAGGAAACUAUUACAAAGACAAACACUUAAUUGGGGCUGGCUUACAGUUUUAGAGGUUCAGUCUGGUAUCAUCAUGGUUGGGAGCAUGGCAACAUCCAGGUAGACAUGGUGAUCUAGAAGGAACUAGGUGUUCUACAUGGUGAUCCAAAGGCAGCCAGAAGGAGACUGAUCCUUCUGCACUGGGUGGAGCUUAAACAUAGGACCUCAGAGCCUACCCCCACAGUGACAUUCUUCCCCCAACAAGUCUACACUUACUCCAACAAGGCUACACCUCCUGAUAGUGUCACUUCCCAUGAGCCAAACAUAUUUAAACUACCCUAGUAACUUAAGUAUCGUUGAGAACUUGGUUCUCUUCCUUAUAAAACGAUGUCUAUCAAUUUCUGGCAUUAUAGGAAACAGCAAAUGAAAUAACGCACAUCAUGUCUUUGUAACAUGUGGCACAUCACAAGUGCUUUUAUUAGUUUUUAUUACUGAUGACAGUGAAAGAAAGAACUGAGACCUUAACUGCUGCAAACCACAGACUGCUAUAAACCAGUGGAUGAGGUGAAGAUCUUCUCUAUGUCACAGAAUUCUUUUUUUUUUUUUUUUUUGGUUCUUUUUUUCGGAGCUGGGGACCGAACCCAGGGCCUUGCGCUUCCUAGAGAAAAUGAUGUAGCUGGUAUUGAUGUCAACAUGGGCUGUCCCAAAGAGUAUUCCACUAAGGGAGGAAUGGGAGCCGCUCUGUUGUCAGACCCUGACAAGAUCGAGAAGGAAUCGUGAUGAGCGACCUCAGCACCCUGUCAGCUGUGAAGUUAUAAGAGCCAUUGCUGAAACCCUCUCCAUUCCUGUCAUAGCCAACGGAGGAUCUCAUGACCACAUCCAGCAACAUUUGGACAUAGAAGACUUUCGACAAGCCACAGCUGCUUCCUCAGUGAUGGUAGCCCGAGCAGCCAUGUGGAACCCCUCCAUCUUCCUCAAGGAUGGCCUUCGUCCACUGGAGGAAGUCAUGCAGAAGUACAUCAGAUAUGCGGUGCAGUAUGAUAACCACUACACCAACACCAAGUACUGCUUGUGCCAGAUGCUGCGGGAACAGUUGGAGUCACCCCAGGGAAGGAUGCUGCAUGCUGCCCAGUCUUCCCAGGAAAUUUGUGAGGCCUUUGGCCUUGGCACCUUCUACGAGGACACCAUUCGGGAGCUCGAUGCUCGGCGAGCUGACCUCUUGGCCAAGACUCCAGAGGCAGUUGAGGAGCCAGCUGAAGAUACCUCUGGCAUCAUUAAAAUGGCUAUCAGGUUUGACCGGAGAGCAUACCCACCCCAGAUCACCCCCAAGACAUGCCUGCUGGAAUGGUGUCGGAGAGAGAAGUUGCCACAGCCUGUGUAUGAAACAGUUCAGCGACCUAUAGAUCGCAUGUUCUGCUCUGUUGUCACUGUUGCGGAACAAAAGUACCAGUCCACUUUGUGGGACAAGUCCAAGAAACUGGCAGAGCAGACUGCAGCAAUUGUGUGUCUGAGGAGCCAGGGCCUCCCUGAAGGUCGACUGGGUGAGGAGAACCCUUCCUUGAACAAGCGCAAGCGAGAGGCCCCCAACCAAGACCCGGGGGGCCCAAGAGUUCAGGAGACAGCACUCCCUGGGGAGAUCUGCAAGAAGCCAUUUGUAACCUUGGAAAGUAGUGAAGAGAAUCUGCUGGAAGGCUGCUGACUCCUGCUGUGGUUGACAGUGUGUGGGACUAAUGUGAAGGGGUUAUGGGUGCUGGGCCUUAAACCACAUUACCUUGGACAGAUUGCUGGCCCUUGGCAUGUGAACUUAGAGGUGUUGGUCCAGGCCACCACUCUGAAACAAGUGCCAAGAAAUGUCCAAGGCUAAUACUGUCUUUCAUAUGUCUGAUGGCUAAGCCAAGUUCCCAGUGACCUGAAUGUUUCUUUGAAAACGAGGUCUUUAAGCCUCACUUCUAACUUGACAUUGGUAUUGUGCAAUAAAGACACCGACUCUCACCCAA